UUGACGUGUUCAGUAUUGUUGAGAUUAUCUUUUAGUCGCGCAAAACCAAACGCCUCGUUUGAACCUUUUCGCCAAGCUGCCAGCGAUUACGGCGCAGCCAGGAAAGACAAGUGUUUUGAUGGCAGUCACGCCCUAUCCUCCCCAGCAUCCCGGACAAACUCACGCUUCCUACUGAAAUCGAGUAACGAGCUCUCUUGAAAGCUUCAAGCGCUGCUCGCACAAACUGUUCACGCACAUUUCGACCCAAGCAUUCGCAAAUCUCCAAAAUCGAUCUUGCCAGUCGCCAAAAGCGUGGUCAACGUCUUCUCGAGUCGAGUUGGCGGAUUCCUCACUUCGCAAAAAGCCGUUCUUAGCCAAGCUAACGCGUUGGUCUCAUUAGUGGGACAGACGGUAUGUUUACUUUUCAGCGCGGUAGGGCAAAUCGUCUCGAGAUUGUAGCUCGAGUUUUCUAUACAGGCAAAUCUUCCCAGUCGCUCUUGCCAGUCGUCACAGCAACAACUCAGUUCAGCAGCCCGUUUGUCAGGGCACUCACGCUGUUCACUUGGCAAAACACCACCCAGCGAGCAAGCACCCUACCAGUUCAACAAUUGUCUAUCUUCCAUGCAAGCUGUCCCCGUCGGAUCUUCGCGCCUGGCACCGCUUCUGCAGGCGGCUUCGAUGCCGUCCGAGCCGUACUCGGCACCGCACACGAUCCGCACCAUUCGGCUGCCGUCGUUGGCACCCCGCCUGCCUACACUGCCCAGCCUCAUGAGUACUCUUGCGGCUCAGGGCAGCUACGCCUCGUCGGCCACCUCGUCGCCUACGCGCGCGUCUUCGUCGAUCUCGUUCCUGCUGAACCCGCCUGCUGGCCAAGCUGGGGGCGCCCAGAACCUCCUCAACCAGCAGCACUUGUACGUGCCCGCUGCCCCGACGGCGCCGUCCACUAUCCUGUACCACCCGUACGCGAACUCUGCGUCAUCGCUGCCAAUGACCACGAGCCUGAUCCAGCCGCAAGAAGUCAAGCCGCAGCCCAAGAAGAAGCGCAAGACGCGCAUCUGCAAAUCGGAGGGCUGCGAGAAGUACGUGGUGGAUCGGGGCCUGUGCAUCCGUCACGGAGGUGGCAAGCGCUGCUCCGUGGAAGGUUGCAACUGCCGCGCGCAGAACCGCGGGCUGUGCUGGAAGCACGGCGGCUACACGCGCUGCACGGUGGAGGGCUGCACGAAGCGUGCCAAGUCGCGCGGCAUCUGCUGGUCGCACGGCGGCGGCACUCGUUGCAAACACGGCGGGUGCUCAAAGAUCGCUGUGUCGCAUGGCCUGUGCUGGGCGCACGGCGGUGGUAAGCGCUGCCUAGUGGAGACAUGCCAGAAGCCGGCGUACGAGCGGAACGGCAACUUGUGCGCCGAGCAUUGCGCGCAGCGGACUCAGCAGCAGGCUGCUGCACUCGCUCCUGUGGCCAAUUAA